AUCGCACAUUUAACAUAAAAAAAACAUCUGAUAUCAGCCAUUGUGACGAAACAUGGUUUUCAAUUCGACUAAACAAACAGACCGUCCUAAAUCUGCUUAUUUGGUCCUUACUAGGGAAAAGGAUUUCAAGUAUAUGUAUUCUUGAUUUGGAACAUAUAUGUUUUAUUAGGUAUUGCGUUAUUUUUAUGAUCCUAGCAGGUGCUCUGGAUUUUUCCUUCAUUUUCAUUUCAGUUUUAGAAGAGACAAAUUGGUUUCGAUUCCGUUUUUUGUAGCAUUUAUUUUUUAGGGUGUUUCCUGCAUUUAUUUUUAUUUUUUUUUACUUGAGCGACAAAGAGACGUUGGUGCAGAAUGAAGGACUCGAGUCAAUCGGCGCCGGCGGGCCUCUUGGUGGCAAAUCUGAAGUCGUGGGAAACGUUCGACUGGCCGACGGAGCAGCAGCGUUGGAUCUACCGCAGUUGGGGUCAGUACUUUGCCCGGAUGCGGAAGAACACCUUUGCCCAGAAGUACUUCGACAAAUGCAUCACAGAGAAUGAGAGCACGGAUCACAAGGCUCUUUAUCUGCGCAGCAAGUUCAAGAGAUCGGUGGCCCUGACGCAGGAAGCAUUGGAGGAUAGUUUGAGGGCCAUGGAGGUAAGGCAGGCGUGGGACGCGAAUGUGUCCAUGGAGCUCGGAGAUGCCCUCUACGAUUUGAAUCGGUUUGAGGAGAACAAGAGCCUGCUGCACGACAAUGUCCGUCGGCAUGCGGGCACCGCUCUGAAGAGCUUCGAGAAUCGCCUCCUGCUGGUCGAUGAGAAUCUCAAGGAUUGCACGGGCUUCAGCUUGGCCAACUUCUUCAUGGAGCACUCCUCGCAGCUGCCCGGCUUCUAUGCCCAUCAGCAGGAGGAGCUACGAAGGGCCGACACGCGGCCGCUGUGGAAGAUCCUCAAGGAGCGAAGGGAGUGUGAUGUCCAGAGCAGGAUCGAUCGCAAGGAGGUGAUGCUCUCCCCACUGGAAAGAGAGCGCAGGCGUCGCAAGACCAAGAUCUUUUAUCAGAACUAUCUGGGUCGCAGCUGGACCGAUUUCUUCUUUCUGAAAACACUUCGCCGACAACCCAACUGUCUCCUGGACAAUCAUUUCGGCUCCUCGCCGGACCGCACCAAGUAUCUGGAGUAUGCGUUCCAGCGCCUUAAGACCUUUACACGGAUGCUCCAGGCAAGGAGACCCAUGUACAAGGAGUACUACCAUCGGAAUCCCCGGAUAGAGGCUCGCAUGCGGGAUGCGAACUUGUUCCGGAUCCAGUACCAAACCAGGCGAAACAUGCUGAGCAUCCUGCGGACCAUUAAGGUGCUGAGGGGGCGGAAUGACAUCAAGCGCCUGCGCAAGUUUGUGGAGGAAGUGAUGGGCAGCUACGUGGUAAUCAAGACGAACCGACUGAUGCCCUGGAAGGCGGAGUUCAUGAACGAGGUGUACAACAAUCUGGCCCUCAGUUUGUGCGAGGGAUACCGCCUGCCGGCCACGCGGGUCACGCCCUACGACAAGAGCGCCAUGUGCCAGCUGCUCAACAUACCGGUGGCCAAGCCCCUGGAGCACACGGAGCUCAUCUUCGGGGAUCGAUCCACCUACUCCUAUGCCGGCGCCGACAAACAGAGCACCGAUCGAUUGGCAGACCAAAACCAUAUCGAGUACCUGGAGAAACGACUGCUCUUCGCCCGCCUGCCGAUCGAAAGGAGCUACUUGCUCCACGAGCUGGCCGAUCGGCAUAUGCAGCAGAACCACUUUGUGCAGAGCCUGUCCUACGCGCAGAAGGCCAUCGAGGAGGCCAGGGUAUGCAAUAGCCUCAUCUGGGAGUUCCUCAGCACCAUGCUGAUGGCCAAGUCACACGCGGUGCUCCACAAGUACGAGCGCCAAACGGAGGUGCUCAACUCCGCCUACGAUCUGGCCGCCCAGCUCAAGUCGCCCCAACUGUGCACCUUCAUCGAACUGUGCCGCAUGCUCAACAAGGACUACAUCACGCUGCGCAAGAUGUCCCAACUGGUGACCACCAAACGGCUGCGCACCAAGAUCUCCAACAGGUCCAGUUUCCUCAGCUCACCCAACUGUUCGCCCAACUUCUCUGAAUACAAGAAGCACGAGUAUGGCCAUUUGGCCGCCUAAGUCGGCGGAUUGGAUGGAAGGCAGUGCUCAUGGCAGUGCCUUCUAUUCGAACCGUUGCCUUUGGUGGCCAAGUGUCAGCCACACAAUCCGCUGAAACAAAUCGAGUUCCUACCAGAAAAUCGUUAAGUAAAAGUUCAGAGACAGGUGUUUGUAGCAUUAGAAGUAUGCCCUUGCAUGUAAUGUAACUAAAUCGCACAAAUGCACUGAAGAAAAAACAAAAUCCUAUAAAUAUAUCUAAACUUAAACGUUCAUAUGCGCUGAAUUGAGCUGUUAUUCCAAUGACACUAUUUGUGGGACUAUACCAUAUAAAUGUUUACCGAUGAUACAUUCAAUUUAAUAAUGACCUUCGAGCAUGUGUGACUUAAAGUCGAACAGCGAUACCCUUUGGCAUGAAAAUAAUCCGAAAUUAAAAUGUCACUGCCCCAUUUUUGAAUACAAAUGAACGGCAUAAAUAAAGUUAACAAAGUGCAGGGAUUGUAAAAACUAUUAAAUGGGCCAACGAAAUCAAUGGCAAUGAGAUACAAAACUAACAUCAAAA